CUUUCCAGCGUUGCCGUGUUGCACCACCCCAUCGGACCCAGUCCCGCUGUUGGCCUUCUUUGCCGAUCGUUCACCAUUUGUGGAUGAUGGAGCAUCGUCAGUGGAUGUACAAGGGCCGACCCAGUCAGGGGAAAAUGACCGAGGAAUGGAAAGAAAAGACCAAGCAGUUCAUCGACAGGGCGUUUGAGUGGGACAAGACACCGAAUGGAACUUCAUGCCCCUGCAGCAAAUGCCGUAACCAGAAGCGAGUGUCAAAGGGUACUAUGACUCAACACCUGGUCGUUCACGGGUUCACGCCUUUCUACCACACUUGGGAAUUCCAUGGUGAAAAACCAUCAAAACGUGCAAGAGAUAAGGAGGCGGAACAGAGCACACAGAUUCUAGGCACCGGAGAAUUUGAUGCUGGGAUUGACGAUUGCAUAGGUGAAGCAAAUGCGUCUGAAAAUCCAGCUGUAGAAGAGACACACGAGAAGCUGGACCAGAGUACAAAAAAGUACUACGAUACUUUGUUUGCGGCACAGAAACCUCUUCACUCACAUACAGAGGUUACUCAGCUGGAUGCAAUCACACGCCUAAUGGCCUUGAAGUGCGACUUGAACUUGUCAAGAGAUGCAUUCGAUGAUCUUCUGACCAUCAUUGCCAGCAUUCUGCCACAAGGGCAGAUACUACCGAAGAACAUGUACGAGACGAACAAAAUCUUGAAGACUCUUAAGUUGCCAUCGAUGGGAUCCAAAAAUGUUCCGGUCAGUUCAUCUUCAAAUCUGCAUGAAAGCCCGGUAAUUCCUACGACGGCUUCUCAGCCUCCGCCUUAGGCCUGCACUUCAAUCAUCAGGAGGGGCACAGGGACUCCAGGAUUUGCAUCGCGGACGCCUUUGUCGAUGGUGCUCAUUGUCUUGCAAAUUUGGUUAUGUCCUUGUAAACUUCGCUUCAUGGCGGAUCGCUACGUAGUUGUUAGUUGCUGGUUGUGUUUGAUGUACUUGAUGGAUAUAAUUGUGAACCUUGCUCUAUGUACUUGUUGGUUGACGGAUGAGUGAUACUAUGCACUUGCUA